CUCGGAGCCUGGUCUUUGUCGGGUUGUACUACAUGCCUUACUAGAUGUAUUAAUACCAACUUGCAUGUGGCCUCGUCCAGUAGUCGUCUAUUAACGAGCUGCCUGCCUCCUCUGUUGCGGAUUCUCUCGAGGUUUUAAAGUGUUCACUAUCGCCUCGAUCUUUCGUUGCUCGGAUACUUCGUUGAUCUCUGUUGAUAUCCAUCACGGAGGGGCGUUCUCUCCUUUUUAUUUUGCCCACAUUUAGUGCACUGGUUUCUUUUUGUCUUGUUCACCAUGAGUGCCCAUCACGAUUAUUCACAGCCGACCCAGCCGUCUGACCACCGAUCCGACUUUCACUCUCAACACGCCUCAGAUCUUGGCAAGGAUGGAGCGGAUGUCGAGUCUUCGUCGGCCUCGGGGGCGCAUCUCCUAAACACCACGGUCAAGUCAAUCUCCUGGGCAAACGUCGCCGUCAAGGUGACCGAUAGGGAUUCGAAGCAGCCGCGGCUCAUUCUCGACAACGUUGAGGGUAUCGUCAACGCAGGCGAGCUCCUCGCCCUCAUGGGCCCCUCGGGCUGCGGCAAGACGACUCUGUUAAACAUGCUGGCGUCGCGGUCGACCGGCGCCGAAUCGACCGACGGAGCCGUCCUCGUAAACGGCACGGAACCCUCUCGGGCCGCCUUUCGAGAGAUGAGCUGCUUUGUGGAGCAGGAGGAUGCGCUGAUUGGGUCUCUGACUGUCCGAGAGACUCUGAUGUUUGCCUCGCGCUUGUCGACCAGCAGCGGCUCGCUCUCUAGCAAGGAGAGGAUCAGGCGCGUCGAUGGACUUCUUUCCGCGUUCGGUCUGUCCAACCAGGCCUCCACGUUGAUCGGCACCCCGAUCCGCAAGGGUAUAAGCGGUGGCCAGAAGCGCCGUGUUGGUGUGGCCAGCCAGCUCAUCACCAGCCCCAAGAUCCUCUUUCUCGACGAGCCGACCAGCGGGCUUGAUUCGGCCGCCAGCAGGGAGGUCAUCAGCUACUUGAAAAACGUCGCCAAGCGUAACAAUUUGAUCGUCAUCGCCAGCAUACACCAGCCAUCCACCUCCACAUUUAUGCUCUUUGACAAACUCUGUCUCCUGUCGCAGGGCAAGCAGCAUUACUUCGGGCCGGUCACCGAGGUUGUCCCUUACUACGAGUCGAUAGGCUUCAACGUCCCCUUGCACUCCAACCCGGCCGAGUGGCUCCUCGAGCUGGUCAACGUCGACUUUGCCGAAGACAGGGAAAACGCGCAGGCACUGCUGGGCAGGCUGCAAGAGGCGUGGACCAACUCGUCGCGUUGCCAGCAGAUGCGAGCUGAUCUGCGGCAGGUCGAAUCGUUUGGAUCGAGAGGGGCAGAGAACCUCUUCGGCGCGGAUGGUCAUUCCGAGAAGAAGCCUGGACAGCUCAGUCUGGUCUUGACGCUCCUCCAUCGCUCCUUUGUCAAAAGCCACCGGGAUGUGGUUGCCUAUGGGAUCAGGAUGGCCAUGUAUACCGGUCUAGCCAUCAUGAUGGGUACGGUUUGGCUUCGGCUUGAGCCUGAGCAGAGCUCCAUCCAGCCGUUUAUCAACGCCAUUUUCUUCGGCUCAGCUUUCAUGUCCUUCAUGGCGGUUGCUUAUGUGCCUUCUUUCAUCGAAGAUCGGCUACAGUACGUCAAGGAGCACCACAACGGCUUGUAUGGUGCAACGGCGCUCAUGAUAUCGAAUUUCCUCAUUGGUAUCCCUUAUUUAUUCCUUAUUGCCAUCUCCUUCUCGGCCAUCUCGUACUGGCUCAACAACUUCCAGCCGACCGCACAUGCAUUCUUCGUAUGGGUCAUGUGGGUCUUUCUUGACCUCUUGGCCGCGGAGAGCUUGGUGGUCUUGUUCACCUCCCUGUUCCCCAGCUUCGUUAUUUCACUGGCUCUCGUGGCAUUCGCCAACGGACUGUGGAUGUCGGUGAAUGGCUUUAUGGUCCAACCGACCAUCUUAAACGUCUUCUACAAAUAUGUCUUUCACUAUUGGGAUUACCAAAAGUACGUCUUUGAAGGCAUGAUGAUCAACGAGUUCGCCGACCGCUCCUACAGCUGCGGAGAGUCGUGCCAGUGCAUGUACGUCACGGAGCUUGCCGACCAAUGCAAGAUCGCCGGCGAAGGUGUGCUGAGGCAGUACGGCUACAGCACGGGCCACAUGGGCCGGGACGUCGGCAUCAUGGUCGGCAUCAUUGCAGGAUAUCGGAUAGCGGGCUGGGUAGCGCUCAAGCUGAGGACCUGAUGUUGGAGGGGGUUUGGCAAUUGUCUGAGAGGGGUUGAAUGGAUUUCGAUUGCGUUGUACCGGUAAUCUUCUGUCGAGAAAACCUUCUUUGUUUUAAGGUUCGUGUGGCAGCCUGCCUGCAUGGGAAAAGCACAAGGUCUUACCGGCAUGGCGCCCCGUCCGCAAAUAAUCACAUCACACAUACUCCCGUACAUACAUUGGUGGCGGAGGAUCUAUGAUGAUCGGUUGAACUUGACUGGUUGAUGAUUCGGGGCGCAUGUGAUUGAUGCACAAAUAGAUACCUAAUGGGGUAAUACUGACCAGAAUAGUACCUACUCCGUAGUUAGAGUAAUU